AUGCUAAAAAUAGUCCUGUUGCCAAUACUUAGAGAUAGUUUAAACUCAUUCCUGGCAAUAGCUCAAAGUAGCAUGUCUCCUUCGAUAGAACUAUGGAAAAUUAAAAACAUUUUAUAUCACUUUAAACAACCGAUUCAGUAUCCAUUUUAUCCAAUGUACAGAUUAACUCUCAUUUUCUCACAUGUAGGAAAAGUACACGCCACGGAUCGCGAUGCGGACGGGAAGAACAACCGCGUGCGCUAUCAGAUUAACGAUGAGGAAACCUCCUCGCUUCUUGAAGGUAUUCAACCCAGUCGUCUGUUUACGAUCACACCGACAGGAGAGCUUUACACCAACUCUGUGCCAAUCGAUCGGGAACAAAUUCCCCUCCUCACCUUCUCGGUGGUGGCUAUGGAUUCCGGUGAACCACCUCUCUCUGCUUUCGCCACUGUCAUCAUCCGCAUUGAGGAUGUUAAUGACAAUGGACCCCAGUGGGUAUACCCCCCACCCGGUCCCCAAGCUGCUAGCAUCAACAUCUCUGCUUAUUCCACAGUUGGGAUGGUCGUUGCACGACUAGAAGCCAUCGAUCUCGAUAUCGGAGUGAAUGGACAAAUUGAAUACGAGAUAAUCCGUGGUAACAGUCAGAAGUACUUUGACCUAGAUCACCUCUCUGGAACGCUCUACCUAACAAAAGCAUUGGAAGUCAACAACGGCAAUAACUCAAUGAACGAACAAGCUGCGCCAAGUUCUUUUGCUCUCUCACUCAAAGCCACGGAUGGGGGUGAUCCACCGCGAAGCAACACUUCACUCCUUCGAAUCAUCGUCCAGUCCAUCGAAGCGUUUCCGCUUGAUAGUCAGUCGGCCGACUUAGUUGGUACAGGUGGAAAGAACCAGCAUUUUUCCUCUAACAGCUACUUCAAGCAGCAGAGUGGUUAUGUAGAUCGUGAUCUACUAAUCAUGAUUGUGAUGAUCAUCAUCACUCUCCUUGUCUCAGUUCUCCUCAUAAUGGCGAUUGUGCUUCUGCGCUGCAGACAGAUCCAUUCAACGAGGGAGGUGGGUAUAGACCCGCAAAUGGAUGGGAGCGCCUCGGCAGGUGUGGGCAUAGUUCGUGUUGCGCAGGUAAAACCACGUGCCUGGCUUCCACCACCCUCACAGGACUCCAGCGCCAAGUCGGGAUUCACUUUGGAAUCUUCCAAGUCUGAAACCGCUGCUUUCGAUAGACAUUCGCAUUACAUGACUGCAGCUGCAGAUACAAUCUUAAAGUCAGCAGACAGCACAUUUGGUCGAUUUUCUCCAACACUGAUAGUCUCCCCACAUCUUUCCGUACCCACGACUACAACCUUCCAACGAGCCAAUCACAGCACUGAGCCCAGUCCCACAGGUGCAAUGGUCUACACAGCUGAAGCGGUGGCGGGUAAUCCGAGUCCACGUUGCGUUCAACAGAUGUGCGCUACCCUUCCAAAUAAUGUCACGGCCGUCACUCCUGCCGCUGUUGCUGGCAGCAAGACUGGCCUGGAUUUCGCUGGUCGAUGUUACAUGACUUUAAAUCCCGAGCUUUACGAGAUAGAGUAUCCUUACGGCCAACUUAAAUACCACAGUGGUGUUUACCAUCAGUCUCCAAGACGAAUAAACUCGCCAAGAACCUGUGGAGCAUUCGUGAAGAGCACGCCAAACAUCGUUGACAUUGAGCCGCCCCCAAUAGCGACCACAUUUGGUGAGAGCGUCGAGGUGCCUCAAGGGGAAACACAGAAACGUUGUCGCUUUAAAAUCGACCCCUCUGGGAGUCGACUCACUCCCGUCCUCGGCAACUUUGAUACAUCGGAAAGCACUGAAGGAAUAAGACUUGGUGGCAUAGCUGACGCUAACAAAGCUUUGGAUAAUUGUAACUGGAAGAUGGGAAGUGCAUCCGGCUUUCGGCCAGUGGAUCAACUUGCAUCAGUUACGGGUGGAAUUUGGGACAGGAGGCUGGGUAAGACGAAUUACUUGAACUAUCAAGGGUCGUCCAGUUAG